AUGACCAGUACACCUAACAGCUUCGACAGCCUCAGCAGUCUGGACAAGACCGAAAAACAAAAGCUCCAGGAGACAUGGGCCCAUUUGCUCCGCUUGUGCGACGUUAGCGACGCGGCAUCAUCGGCGCCAUCGUUCAGGCUCAGCAAUGCAUUUGCACAAGACACCAAGACCAUUGAGCCGACGGCCUUCCGACGGAGCCUGUGGAACUUUAUCCUGUCCGAAGACCCAGACGCACUGGUGCUGCGGUUCCUGCGGGCGCGCAAGUGGGACGUGGAAAGGGCGCUGGCGAUGCUGCUGUCGGCCGUGGCGUGGCGGGACGAGCGCCGGCUCGACGAGACGGUGAUUCUGACGGGCGAGAGCGCGGCGUUGCGCGCCGACCCCACGCCCGACGAGGCCGGCUUCGUCAGCCAGUAUCGCUCCGGCAAGAGCUACGUCCGCGGUACUGAUUACGAGCACCGCCCCGUCUACGUCAUCCGCGUCCGGCUGCACGAUCCCAAUGCUCAAUCCGCUCAAGCUAUGGAAGACUACGUGUUGCAUAACAUUGAAAGCAUCAGGCUUCUUAUUAAGCCGCCGUACGAUAAGUGCUGUUUGCUUUUUGACUUGACUGGGUUCGGGCUCAAGAAUAUGGAUUUUCAUGUCGUCAAAUUUCUGCUCUCCGUAUUCGAGGCUAGAUACCCAGAGACGCUGGGUGUGGUGCUUGUACACAAUGCACCAUUCGUGUUUUGGGGUCUAUGGAAUAUCAUCAAAGGUCUCCUUGAUCCCGUAGUUGCAUCGAAAAUCAAUUUCACCCGCAGGACCGGGGAUCUGCUCAAAUUCAUCCCCGAGGAGAAUCUCCAGACUGACUACGGCGGCGGAGACGCUUGGGAUUACGAAUACGUGGAACCUGAAGCAAGUGAAGAUGAGAGACUGAAGGAUAUCGAGAAGAGAGACGAGAUCCAGAAGGAACGCGACGAGCUCAUCCAGGCGUUUGAGAAAGAGACAGCGCAGUGGGCUUCUAUUAGCACAGAUGACCCCAGCAUGAGCGAGAAGCAGUCAAACCGUAAGGAUGUGGCAGAUCAGAUUCGUCAAAACUACUGGAAGCUGGACCCCUAUAUCAGGGCGAGGACUUACCACCAGCGCGUGGGGAUUGUGGAUAAGGAGGGCAAUGUGGACUUUAUGGCAGCCAAGUAUACGAAGUAG